AUGUCCGAGAAAGCAGGAACCGACAAGCCCCCAGAGAGCCCCACAACGGCGCGUGAGCUCGACUUCGACGAUGACAACGAUGCGCCUACGUCCUCCGCACCAGAGAAGGCUGCCUCGCCACCGCCAGUUUCAAAAUCGCCCAAGCCAGGUGUGAGGUUCUCCGAGCAGGCAGAAGAGAUUCCUCCACAGAAGCCCCCGCGGCCUGUGGACCCAAAUGUGCAGGCGCAGAACACACUCAUUGAGGCGUUCCCUGACAUCGAUACAAAUGUAGUUAAGGCGGUCCUCGUUGCCAGCGGUGGGAAGGUUGAACCUGCAUUCAAUGCACUGUUGAGCAUGUCCGACCCCAACUUCAAGAGCGAAGAGGCGCCGCCCCCACAGCCUCCGCGACCCCAGCCCCGUAGUCAGCUCGAACAGGAUGAAAUGUAUGCUCGCCAGCUGGCCGAGCACUACCAAAGUCAAGGCGGCCAGCAGGGCCAGGGUGGCUAUGGGUCACGGACCCAGGGCGCUGGAGAACGGCGGUCGCAGCCCUACGCAAGGUCGAAUAACCAGAACAAGGAUGAGCGCGAGUACAGCUUCUUCGAAGAUGACCUUCCCGAAAUCCGCAAGAACAUCGAGCAAGGCUUCCAGGAAACACAGAAGACGGUCAAUAAGUGGAUCACUAGCUUCAAGAAGAAGCUCGACGGCGAACCCGACGACUAUGACCAAUACGGCAAUUCUGUACACCACGACCGAGAACACGGGCAGUCAUCGCAGGGUCGACAGAACUUUGGUGCCUCACAGUCGGAUCAGCUUUACGGCAUCCGCAAGUCAGCCGAGCAGCGCCGUUCUGCUGAUAUGCGCCGCUCUGCGGACCACAACCGCUACGAUGCGGACAACAGGGUGCUGGGUGACGACUUCGCCCAGCUCGAGAUGAGGGACAACGACCCGCAGCAGAGGUCGAGCAGUCGUCCAUCGGCAAACCCUGGCCUGUUCAAGCCUACCCCUGUUUCGCCACCUCAGAGCGGCCCAGUCGAUGAGGUAGACGCUCUGUACCGAAACCCUUCCCCGAACAACCAGGGUGGAAAGUCUGGCGGUAAGAAGUGGCAGCCUCUCACGUCAGUUGCACCACACCCCGAGACCGACGAUCACGACCCAUUCAGCCUCGGGGAUAGCGACGACGAGGACAACAAGACUAAGGACACCAACCCUGAAGAUACCGAGAGGCUCAAGAAGGCUGCAGAGGCUAAGGUCAAGGAGUCGACAGCAGCUGAGCUGAAGCCUGCGACACGGAGCGGAAGUGUUGGCCAGAAGGAUGCAGCCGCCGAAGCACUGCUGAAAGAUGCCAAAUAG